AUCGCUUCUCGGCGUUUUGGCUAAGAUCAAGUGUAGUAUCUGUUCUUAUCAGAUACUACACUACAGAUCGCUUCUCGGCCUUUUGGCUAAGACAGUGAUCCCCUCCGUUAUCUGUUUAUAUAUUGCCUAUUUAGUGGCAAUUAUAUAGCAGGUUAGGAGGAUAUUGCACCAUCUUUUUGGUAAGUUGGGGUCAAUUACCAGUUGCUGAUACCCGUUACCAAGAAGACCAUUGUCCAGUUCGUUUAAACGAUAAGGAAGCACAUCCAAGGAAUCCUGAAGUUUACCGCAAACGAUUUGAAUUGUAUUCUUGCUCUGCCCUUUAACAAAGGAUUCGAUGUUAGCUUCGCAGCCGCAACAACCCUCAAAGAAUUUUGGACACGCUACGACACGGUAAAAGACCAGUUCUCAGCAUUUGAAGUGGAGAGACUAAAUGACGAUUCCAUUAAAACCGUAAUCGUCAGGAUGUUCAAUGAAACUGUAAAUGCUGAUGAUAUUUGUAUAUGGCUGGCAAGAUACUGCACUGUGAGGGCCCAGGCCACCAAGGUGAGAGAUGAGGAUGGCAUCUGGAACUGUUCAUGGAGGGUCCCCAUACAACAAUGGCGGGACCCACAUGGCUUCCAGGGCCUGAAACAUCUCCCAUCCAUGAUGGCUCUUGGAGAGAACAGGGGCUACAUUCACUACCAGGGACAGCCCAAGCUCUGCCGCAAGUGUGGCGAGCAAGGGCACCUGGCGGAAGCGUGUACCAAGGUUGUUUGCGGCAAAUGUAGAGAAAUUGGACACUCUUUUGAAGAAUGUACCAAUGGCAGGAAGUGCAACCUCUGUGGAGACUCAAACCAUCUCUUCAGAGAUUGCCCGAAAUCUUUUGCUAACAAAGUAAAACAAAAUGCAAGGAAAGUGGCAGACGGGGGUGCACAAACAAUUGAAGACACCAGGCUGCAAAAAAAUACUCUGAUUGGGGGAGAGGGGGAGGGGCCUGAGGUUGCCCCACCUAGUGGUGAAGUGAAAGAGGGUGGUGGGGCCCAGGCAGCCGGUGGAGCAGAGAUGGACUCCACUUCAGACUCUGACGAAACCGGGAGUCUCGAAACAGUCGGCCGGUCGGAAGAGUCUGGGGUGGAGUCCAGUGAAGCCUCCCUCCCAGGAGCCCAGCCUGGGAAGAGAGCAGUGUCGGAGAUGUCCUUGGAAAAUGACGGAGCCUCGGAGAAAAGGGGAAGAGCUGGCUCCUCAGACAGUUCAUCUGUCGGGGAGCCCAGAGUCUUCCCGAACCACCCCCCCAACACUCUCUCCUUUUUACACAUGGCGCUGCAGUCAACCCCAAAGGACUCUGUUCUAAACCAUGCUCGUGUCUGGGACGGAAAUGAAGGGGACGAAAUAACCCCAGACCGUUUUUAGUAUUUUAAUGCAUAACUGUCUUUUAAAUACCAUACUCAUGAUCCUCACCUUUUCUACACUCAAUGUGAGAAGUGUGAAAUCAAGAGUUAGAGCUCAGACGAUUUUAUCCUUUCUAAAUAAUUUUAAGUCAGAUGUGUUUU